GCAGGAAGUACGAAUGAUUCACCCACAUCCACCGCUACACUGGCCCCAACAGCAGCUACUUCAAAUUCUCUGAAAACUGGCAUAAUCGUUGGCAUAAUACUUGGUAUUCUAGCAUUCGUCGGUCUAUGUCUGGCCCUCCUAGUGGCCUACACACGAUCCCGGCGGCGUAAACGCACCGACGCAUUCAAACGUCAACUCAUGACUCGUCAAAUUUCACCAUUGGUGUUCAACAGAAUGACUUCGUCACCUUCGUCUACUGAAAGAGAUGGAAGUGGAGAUGGAGAUGGGUAUCGUGAAUACGUUCCGGAGGAGGACUACAGAAAUGUAAUCGAAACGGGGACUGUUCAAAUAGCUGAACAGGAAGAAUCAUCCUCAUUGUCGCAUCUUAAUUCAAUGUACUCGGAACAAUCUGUACACUCGGUGUACUCGGACUCGCCAUCUGUUUUCUAUACAGCCGUUCCUAUUCCUCGAGCUGUGGGUGCCACUACUUCAGCGCCAUCUCAAACUUCACCCCCUCCUGCUCCGCAAACUCUUAGCUAUUCAGCAUUGGACCUGACCUUCGAUUCUGAUCUCAAAUUCCCGGCGUCCAUUUCAGACACCCCUUCUGCUCCUGUAGCUUCAGACUCCCAAUUUAGUACUUCGACUUCUCAGCCUGAAUCUACAUCCACUCUUCCUCAGCUUGCCCCAGGCUGGGUCUUCCCUCGUAUUCAACCCCGUCUCAGUCAACUCCCUCUUCCGAAAACCGAUCGCCAGAUGGAUAUAUACGAUCGCAAGGUCCGAUUACAAGGGAAACUAAUUGGGCUACAGGGAUGGGGAAAUGUGACAGCUUCAGAAAGCCAAAAAGCAAAAAUGAAGGAGGUCAGUGAACAGAUUGGAAGAUUGGAGACUUUAGAGAAUUCAGAUUGGGCUUUGGGGAGAAGCAACGAGGUGCCGAUCUGGGGAUUGGGGCUCUCAUAAUCAAGAUGUACGAUAGGAACCAGGGACUGAGGAUCGCGUGAUAGACAUUGUUGGUCCUAUGGUGACAUUGGAAAAUGGGGAGAAGGAUAAAGGAAGCAUUGAGAAUAACAGAAAAUCAAGUUUGACACUUCUGAACAUUUUCUGCUCGUAUACGCGUUUAUGUAUAAGUAUAGCGAUUUCUCCAAGUUACACACAUUCCAUCAUCGCUCAGGCGACGUUUCAUUUCACUGACAAUCUCUGUAUCCAUUUUCUAUAGUCGCGAGUGCCUGUAUGAGUAGGAACAUACAUGACGGUCAGUCUCAAUAAUCCGAACUUAGUGAACAACUUCGAACGUGGGGGAAUUAUUACCGGAUCGCUAGUGAGC